AUGCCUUUCUUCAAUAUUUGUCCUUUUUAUUUUUCUUUAUCUUCUCUUUCCUUUACUUUUUUCCUCCCUUCUCUUCUUUCUUACAUGGUUUUCAAUAUUUUCUCUCUUCUUUCUCUGUUUUCUCUUCUAUUCCCUUUUCUUCUUUCCGUUCUUCAUUUUGGUUCUUUUCUCUCCCCUUUCCUCUUUUCUUUCCUUGUCACGAGACGGCUGGCACGAAAUGAGGUCACGGUAUGUUUUGUUUCUGCGUUGGCUGGUUGUUUUUCUUUUUUUCUUUUUCUUUUCUUCUUUCUUUUUCUUUUUCUUUUUUCUUUUUACCUUUUUUCUUCUCUUUUCUUUCUUUUUUCUUUUUACGUUUUUUCUUUUGAAUUUUCUUUCCUCUUUUAUGGUUUCUUUUCUUUCCUCUUUUCUUUUUUCUUUUCUUUCUUUUUAUCUUUUCUUUUUUCUUUUCUUUCUUUUUUCUUUUCUUUUCCUUUUUCCUUUUUUCUUUUCUUUUCUUUCUUUUUAACUUUUCUUUUUUCUUUUCUUUUUUCUUUUUUCUUUUUCUUUUCUUUUCUUUCUUUUUAUCUUUUCUUUUUUCUUUUCUUUCUUUUUUCUUUUCUUUUUCCUUUUUUCUUUUUCCUUUUUUCUUUUCUCUCCUUUUUCCUUUUUCUUUUCUUUUUUCCUUUUUUCUUUUUUAUUGUCUUUCCUUUUUCUUUUUUCUUUUCAUUCUUUUUUCUUUUCUUUUUCCUUUUUUCUUUUUUCCUUUUUCUUUCCUGUUUAUUUGUCCUUUCCUUUCUUUUUUCUUUCCUUUUUCUUUUCUUUUUCCUUUCCUUUCCUUUUUUCUUUCAUUUUUUCUUUUUUCUUUUCUUUCCUUUUUCUUUGUUCUUUUCUUUCCUGUUUCUUUUUUCUAGUUCUUUCUUUUUUUCUUUUCUUCUUUUUUCUCUUUUUUCUUUUUUCUUUUCUUUUUUUUUCUGA